GGUGUUUUAAUAUUGCAGUGCUUAAUUUACAGUUUCUAUAAGCCUAUUAUUCUUUUCUCUCUUUCUCCAUGGCUACUUUCCAUUCAUCUGUCAAGAAACCUUCAAUGGUUUCUGCCAUGUUACUACUUGGUCUGCUAAUGGCUGGUCUAGACUCAACAGCUGCUCAAAUAGGUGUUUGUUAUGGAAUGCUCGGCAACAAUUUACCGUCAAAACCAGAAGUCAUCGCUCUCUUCAACCAGAACAACAUCCGAAGAAUGAGAAUCUAUGAUCCAAACAGAGAGACUCUCGAAGCCCUUAGAGGCUCCAACAUUGAGCUCAUGCUAGGCCUCCCAAACACUGACCUUCAAAGAAUGGCUUCCAAUCAAGGUGAAGCAAACACCUGGGUACAAAACAAUGUCAAAAACUACGCCGCCAACGUCAAAUUCAAAUACAUCGCUGUUGGAAAUGAAGUAAAACCCGGCGAUAGUUUCGCUCAGUUUCUUGUUCCAGCCAUGCAAAACAUCCACAACGCCAUUGUUGCAGCUGGCCUUGGAGGCCAAAUCAAAGUCUCCACUGCCAUUGAAACUGGAGCCCUUGGAGAAUCCUUCCCUCCAUCAAAAGGAUCCUUCAAGCAAGACUAUCGACCAAUUCUUGAUCCAAUCAUUCGUUUCCUGAAUGCCAACCCAGCCCCAUUACUGGUCAAUUUGUACCCCUAUUUCAGUUACGCUGGAAACCCCCAACAAAUCAAUCUGGAUUAUGCACUUUUCAGGUCACCAGGAGUCGUGGUUUCGGAUCCUCCACAUGGGUAUCGUAACCUGUUUGAUGCCAUCCUCGAUGCUGUUUACGCCGCACUUGAGAAAACUGGUGGAGGCUCCCUUGAAAUUGUGAUAUCGGAGAGUGGGUGGCCGUCGGCUGCUGGGGUUCAAACGACUAUAGAUAACGCAAAGACUUACAACCAGAAUUUGAUUAACCAUGUUAAGGGAGGAACGCCCAGGAAGCCUGGAAAGGCAAUAGAGACUUAUUUGUUCGCCAUGUUUGAUGAAAAUAACAAGAAUCCGGAAUUGGAGAAACAUUGGGGACUCUUUUCUCCUAACAGGCAGCCAAAGUAUCCAAUUAAUUUUAACUAGUUGGAUUUAUAGACAACAAAAUCAGUAAGGAAUAAGCCAUAUGUGGCAUGUGCGUCUUUCUAAAUA